GGUGGAGACAAGAGAGUCACAGAGAGGGGAUGGGAGUAGAAUGAGCACUACGCUGCCUCUUCUUUCCUCUCCAGCACUUCUCCAGGGGAAAAAAGGCAGUAUCACUACAGCCACUGUUAGGCAGGACCAUUUGUUUGUGUAUCCCCAUUCACAGAGACGACCCACAUCUGUCAGCGUCCACUGCAGCUGGGAAACCUUUCUGCACUGAAUGACUGAGAGGGAGACGGGAAGAAACAGGGGAAAUCUGAGGGGAAGGAGAUCUUUACCCUGCUGCAAGCCUGAAGAAGGGAUGGAUUUCUGCACAAAGUGAGCAAAGAGAAGAAAACUGCAUAUAUUGAGCCAGGAUGUCAGGAAUGGAUGUCCUACUGGUAGAAAACAACAAGACUGGAGGAGCUCCGAUAGAUAACGGGACUUUUCUCCGUUUCUCCCCAACGUCUGCCUCCACAUCCGCAGGCGCCUCCCCCCCAGGAGGUCGCCAGGGCAACGUCUAUGUGUACGUGUGGCUCUUCCUGGGGCUGCUGGUGUUCCUGCUGACGCUGCUCAUCAUUUCCCUCCACAGGCUGAAGAACAUCAUAUCCUCGUCUUCCUCAGUCCCUGACUGCAGCAGCGAGGGAGGGAGCUCCUUCACCAACAUGGAGAUCUGCAGCAUCUCCUCUCAGAGGUCCACCAUCUCCGCGCUCUCCACUUGAGGGAACUCAUAGCUUACAGACUCAUGUAUAAACACCCUGUUUUCUCUUUACUGAGCGAGAAAGCAUGCUCAACAAUGAGAAAAAGAAAACCUUUGCAAAAUAAACUGAUGGAAUAAUAAUAUCCUCCCAUGCAUGUAUACUUUAAUCCUGGCGGAUCAGUGAAUAUGGUGUGUUUAUGCACUGUAUAGCCACAUUGGAGGUUAUAAAGGUCGAAAGUCAAAAUAUUCUGCUAAACUUGACUAACAACAAACGAACCAGAUGAAUGUUUUCCCUGUGCAGGGAAACGCAAUGGCAAUUAUCCUUUUUGUCUUCAAUCCUUUUUCUGUCAUAUUCACUUUAGCAGCUUUGUAAAUCAUUACUGAUUAUGUCUGUAGUUUGCAUUGCAAAUUUUAGCAUUCUAAAAUAUUAAAGAUCUCUACUUUGUAAAGAGAUGAGUCCCUCAGCUGCAUAUAUGUUCUUUAUUUGAACAGAAAGGCUGUGUUGAAAACUGGUAGAUAAUCCCACAGAGUGUGCAGACAGCAGAAUACACAGAGGAGAAUGAUAGCUGCAGAGUUUCUGAUAGGAGCACAGCUGUAAAGAACAGGUCAAAAGCAGCACAAACUCCAAGAUGAAAUCCCAGCCUUGAUAGACAGGUCUGCAGACGUUACCUUCUCUUGCCUGUCAGCUCCCGCAGUGCCUGAGCCAGGUUUGCAACAAACCUGAAGUGUUGGUGGGGGGUGGAUGGGGGGGCUGGUGGGGUUCUUUGAAGCUGUCAGGUCUUUUCUCUACGCCUGGAUGACAACCUGGUAAAGGUCACUUCUCAUGUUCAGCAAGUCGAGCAACAGUUUGGACAGUCUGGCAGAAUUUAGGAGAAAAAUUCAGGGUUCUAGUUGAGUGGAAGAAAGUAGACAGGCUUCAGAACUGGACUUAAAGCCGAGAGGUGGGGGGUUGACAAGUUUAUAAAAAACAGACAUGGCUCUGUCUGUCUUAUGCAGCAACCAAGACAUACAUCUGUAAAAACAUAUAAAAAUUUCAAAUCUAAUCUGUUAUUUUGUAAUAGCAUAAAUCUCAUUCUGAUAAAAAAAAAA